AUGCGACACCUUAAUCAGGAAAUCGUCGCAUCCAUUCCUGAAACAAGCGCUGGGUCAGAAUUGGAUAUAUUCGCCGACGACGCUACUGUUCAUCAGAACUUCAUGAAUGGUUUGCACGGGUCUUUGAUCGACGGUCAUCUUCGAAUCGUUUGUAAUUAUGCUAAUGAAUGGCACCAGCGUAAAGACCCAACUCGGAACUAUACGGGAGUCGGUAAGGCACAAGGAGGUCCUCUCGCAGGAGGAAGACCUUUGUUCUAUGUUGCGGAUGUCGACAACAACGGCGUCCCAUACGCAAAUCCGUCACCUGACCAGUUCUGGAUGAUGCGCUAUCUUUUUAUUCCCGUCUACAUGCCGCCCAAGGAUGCGGGUGUCCCGCACGCUGCCUUACUCGUAGUCUCACCAGUCACAAAGACAUUGGAAUUCCUCGAUAGUGAUAACACGCCGGUCGAUACUAACUACACAAAUGGCCUUGUCGGACGUGUGAUGCAAUGGAUGUCGACAUUCCUGGACAACCCAGAUAAUCUAGAUGCACCCCAAUUUAUCCCCGAGGAGUGGAGGUUCCGAGAUUCCCGUGCUAACCAGCAGAAUCCCGCCUCUUCUGACUGCGGCGUCUUUGUUCUCACGCAUGCGCAGUUCCUCGCCUUUGGAUAUGAUCGCAGCCAGUCCGAGCGGCAAAAUUGGCCUCCUAACUUUGCCACGUCGCUAGUAAACAACGAUCGCAGAUUCAGGAUCACUGCAGAUAUCACUGGAGGCGGUCUACCGGCUCCCUUCUUCACGUUCUUCAACCCAGACUUCCGUCUCAAUCACAUCCAGAACCACCAAUACUAUCCCAUCCUCGAUACUCCUCCCGUCCUAGCCGGGCGAACUUGGCGCAUGUACAGAGACCACCCUCAGUUUGGUACACUGCUGACCGCUGCCUUGAGGAACAGGAGAUCAUGCUAUGUGGGCUGUCGUUAUAAGACUUGGCUGGCCAAGCACUGUCAGCGCAAUCUGAGGUUCUACCCUUUAUACUCCCGCCAUUGCGGACGUAACCGUUCGUCACGACAAUUCAGAGAGUGGGUAGAAUUGAUGGACCAGAAUCGACGUAGUGGAGCCUUCCAGCCUAGAGCAUUUGACAGAAAUGGCAGCCAGGUCGCUUGGCCUAGGACUUGGAUAGACCCGAGAGAUCCAACAACAGUCGGCCAGUGCAAGGCCGCUUCACUGUUGGGUCCACUAUGGUAG